ACAACAGCUGUAAACGAUUGGCGGGUACAGUUGUAAAUUUAUACUAGUAAUAAACGUGAAACCCCCAUUUUAGAGAAUCUGACGAAUAGGUGAUAUAAAAAUUAUAACACGCGUUGAGUCUUUUAAUGUGCAAAAGAAUCAAGAUGCAUAAAUUUGCAAUUGCUUUAUUACUAUUAUUGCCGAACACACCGGAAACUGCCGGGAACUGUGUAACAGAAAGAACCAGUAAGUGGAACACUUUCCGAGAUGAUUACCUGUCAGCCAUUCAAACUUGUUUCACGCUAGGAUUUGUCAAAGAGCAGAGGGGCAAUACCCUCACAGAAAAAGAAACAAUCGCAUUCGAAGCGAGCCUUAAUUCUUCCUUGAGCAGUAUAAAGAGCGGUGAAAGAGUAAUUUUCUCCACUUUGGAUGAAAACAAUGGUAACGGAUAUGACGCAAGCUCUGGUAUAUUCACUGUUCCCGGAAGUGGCGUUUAUGUUUUCGUUUGGAGUGUAGUGUCGACAGAGUACCGCUUUUCCACCACGGCUUUAAUUGUCAAUGGAAAGCAGAGGGCUGUUCAUGAGUGUAAUUCCACGAAAGCAAAAAAUGAUUCGUGUACACGUACGACUGUCGUAACACUGGCGGUCGGUGAUAAGGUCUGGAUCGAAUGUGUCAAGGACAACUCAUCUAUUGAUGAUUAUAAAAGUUCAUCUUUUGCCGGAUUUAGACUUUAAAAUAUUUCAAAC